UGUGCGCCGCAAGCUGGCGGCUUGCUGCCCAGCAACCAAUAACAUCACACAGCGGAUCGGAGGUAUAUUGCGCCCGAAGAGCUCCAGCCGGUCCUCACCUCUGCUACACAGUCAUGCCGUAACCCCGCCCAAUCAUGAACAAGUACAUCAGAGUCAGUAAGAUCGGGGAGGGCUCGUUCGGGAAAGCCAUCCUGGUGAAAGCCAAGGAAGAUGGGAGGCAAUAUGUCAUCAAGGAGAUCAGCAUCUCUAAGAUGUCCAACAAAGAGAGGGAAGAAUCGAGGAGAGAAGUUGCUGUGCUGGCAAACAUGAAGCAUCCCAACAUUGUCCAGUACAGAGAAUCUUUUGAAGAGAGUGGAUGCCUGUAUAUUGUGAUGGACUAUUGUGAAGGAGGGGAUAUGUUUCAACGAAUCAAUACUCAGAAAGGAAUUCUGUUUUCAGAAGAUCAGAUCCUAGACUGGUUUGUUCAAUUGUGUUUGGCUCUGAAACAUGUCCAUGAUAGGAAAAUUCUUCAUAGAGAUAUUAAGUCACAGAAUAUAUUUUUAACAAAAAGUGGGACCAUACAAUUGGGAGAUUUUGGAAUAGCCAGAGUAUUAAGCAGCACCGUAGAGCUGGCUCGGACUUGUAUAGGAACUCCUUACUACCUGUCCCCUGAGAUUUGCGAGAACCGACCCUACAACAACAAAAGUGACAUUUGGGCUUUGGGCUGUGUCCUUUAUGAAAUGUGCACUCUCAAACAUGCGUUUGAAGCCGGCAAUAUGAAGAACCUGGUGCUGAAGAUCAUUCGGGGCUCAUAUCCCCCAGUGUCAAUGCAUUACUCCUAUGACCUCCGCAAUCUGCUUUCUUUGCUUUUUAAAAGAAAUCCCAGGGAUCGUCCAUCUGUCAACUCCAUAUUGGAGAAGCCUUUUAUAUUUAAGCGUAUUGAAAAGUUUCUGCCUCCACAGCUUUUUGUUGAAGAAUUUGGCAUGGGAGCAGUUCUGAAUCAACCUAAACCUGCAGGUCAUGACAAAGCUGCCAAAAGACAAGCUCCAGCACAAGCCAUCCACUCUUCCUCCCCACCUGCACAGAAAAUCACCAAACCAGCUGCUAAAUACGGAGUGCCUUUAACUAUAAAGAAGUCAUCAGAGUCUGCAAAGAAGUAUUAUGACAGAAAGCCACAAAUCCGGCGUAGACAGGCCCCAGCAGUUCCCAUGAAGAAAGUGACCCCUGUAGAAGAAAGGAGGAAAAUGUUAGAGGAUGUGGCCAAGAAAAAAAGAGUGGACAUUAGACAGAUGGAGAAGGAGAGGUUGCAGCGAGAACAGAUAAAUUUACUCAAAGCAGAACAGAUGAGACGACUGGAGAAGGAAAGGUUGGAGCGAAUAAAUCGCGCAAGAGAGCAAGGCUGGAAGAAUGUAAUUGGUUCUGGAGGAAGUGGAGACGUUAAGGCACCAUAUUUCGGUGGGGGUGGAGGGGCAGCUCCACCACAAGCUGCAGGUCGCUCUUCCUAUGAGUAUUAUCAUUCCAUACUAGAGCAAAUGCAAAAGCAGAAAGAAAGCGUUAAAGCAGCAGAGGAAAGAGAGGCCAAAUACCGAGCGGAAGUACAAAACUCUGAUGCAGCUCAAAGAGCUGCUGCACAACCGGAAGCUCCUAAUGGACCUUCAUCUCCUUAUCCAUUACCUGAUGGAGAUGCGGUGAGGAAGGAAUUGAAGAGGCUAGAGCUGGUUUCACGACAAGCACGUGCAGACCGACAUCGAGGACAUAUGGCCGCUGAAAGAGCAAUACAGGUUGAGGAAUUUUGGCAGAGGAAGCAGGAAGCCAUGCAAAACAAAGCACGGGCUGAGGGACAUAUGGAUGCACUGUACAGCCUGGCAGCUAUCUAUGGAGGCAGGCCAAACACUUCUGGAGGAGGGAAGGCCCGACACAGAGAAGAACAGGAAUAUUUAGCAAGACUCAGGCAAAUCAGGCUCCAGAAUUUUAAUGAACGACAGCAGAUCAAAGCUAAGAUGCGUGGAGAAAAGCAGGGAGAUGAAGGACAACCUAGUAGCAAAGGCAGCAGCGAGGAAGCUGAGCUGAGAAGGAAAAAAAUUGAAGCUUUAAAGGCCCAAGCCAAUGCUAGAGCAGCUGCAUUAAAAGAAGAUCUAGAGCGAAAGAGAAGGGAAGCUGAUGAAAGGGAGAAACGAGCCUGGGAUGAGCAUUUGGCAGCUCGUGGGUUCAAGAAUCCUAUUGUGCCUUCUAAUGCAGGUGGAGCUGCUCCUGGCUCUCCCAUCCAUGCAGCCCAUGGAGAUGUUGGAGGUUCCCCAGUCAGAGGCCAGUCUCAUAUAAAAUCUAGCGCACCAGCAAUCUCUAUGACCUCUGCACUGAAGAAUGUGGGAGCUAUUAAAGAAGAUACAGAAAUCAGGGAUACCACCGAAGACCCCAAAAAAACUGAAAUCUCAAUCCAGAAUGAAAAACGUCAAAUUCUUAAGAGAUUAAAUCAGAACCUUAAAGCUCAGGAAGAAGAGGAAUGUGUACACAAGAAUGUUGAGGAAAAGACCCAGAAAGUGAAUACAGAGGACCCUAACCAGAAUGGGGUUCCAGUAUCUGCUGACCGGAAGAAAUGGCAGCCUGAACCCCCUCCAGUGAUUCCCUUUUCACAACUUACUCUUGUUGAGGAUACUUUAUAUGCGGGUCAAAAUCUUACAGUUGGUGCUGUAAUCAAACUGGAUGAAGGAGAUCACCAGAGGCGUGAAUGGGGGAAGAGUCCAGCAGAAUCGGUUGUGAAAUUACUUGGUGAAGCACAACUCCAGCUCCAGACCGAAAUGCUACAAUUAGCUAAUGAUACUUUUCAUCCCGAAAAAGUUGAGAAUGAAACCCUGUCAAGGGAUCAGGAAACAUGCAAACCACCUUCUGUGAAUGUGGACUCUUUAAUCUUGCCUAAUGAACAAAGAUUACCUGUGGUUGAAAGUCCGACUUCCUUAGACAUGGCUUCCGUAGUCACCGCUUCUGUCGAGACUGAGGACCAUCUUUGUGGUGAACUUCAAACCAAAAAAGAAGAGCUACCAGGCCAAAAUGACUUGCAGGAUGAUGAAGCAAGCAAAGGCUCUCCUGUAGAUGAGGGGUCUUUGGUUUCGCUAACGGACGUGAACUCACCUGUGCCGGAAGAGCAUCUUUCUCCAAAGAAGGGACCAGAUGACCUGGUUUCUGAUCCUACCCAGGCUGUGCAUCAACCAUGUGAGGAGCCUGAGGAUUUGGAGGCUGAAAUGCUGGAAGAUACCAAAGGAAAUGCAAGUGAUGAGCGUCCUGUCAAGGCUGUGAGUGUUUGGAAUGAAGAAGCCAAAGAAGAAAGGGAGGAAGAAAAAAAUCCUGUGCAUGACCAUGAAUCUCCCAGAAAAGAUGAUCAGCAAGAUGCAGCCUGCUCUGAAAGUGAACAUGGAACAGAUAAUGAUAUUGGAAACUCCACUACACCCAAAGCAUUAUUCAGUAGAGUUCCUCUCCCUCAUAAUGUUGUUACUCCUAAUGUUUCUGCCCACUCUUCAUUUGAUGACUCCUUGCCACCUCGUUCCCGAUCUGCAUCUCCAGUUAAAACCAAAGGCAAGACAGCACUAUUAAUUGGACUGUCAACUGGUUUGUUUGAUGCCAAUAAUCCAAAGAUGCUAAGGACUUGCUCAUUGCCCGAUCUUUCUAAACUGUUCAAGACUUUGGUGGAUGUACCGAGUGUGGCAGAUCUGCAGGGGGAUGAGCAACUGGAGAUAGAAGAAAUUGAGGAUGAACCAGCACAGGAUGCAGAUCAUUCAGAUUCUGAAGACACUAUGUUUGGGGACACAGAAAGAGACUUGCAGGAGCUGCAGGCAUCAAUGGAGCAGUUAUUAAAAGAGGAUUCCCAAGAAGGGGACUGUGGAGCUGAAGAGGCUGUCGAUGGACUGCUACCCAGUAAGAUGGAGGAUGAAGAUGAGGAGGAGGAGAAUAACGAGGCAGCACAGGAGGCUGAAGCAGAAGAUGAGGAGAAUCCCCCGAGCAGUGGAAGCAUAAUUAAUGAGGAGUGGCAAUCGGAUAACAGCAGUGUGGAUUUUGAAAGUGAAUGUGAUGAUGGCGACAGCGUCUUUGGUCAUCUGGAGGAAAUGAGAUUUAAACUGGAGCAAGAAUUAGGCUUUGAUAAGUUUAUUGAAGUUUACGAUAAAAUAAAGGCCAUACACGAGGAUGAGGAUGAAAACAUUGAUACGUGUUCAACGGUUUUGGAGAAUAUUCUGGGCAGUGAACAUCAGUAUUUAUAUCCCAGAAUCCUCCGUUUAGUUAUGGCUGAUGGCGCCUAUCAAGAAGACAACGAUGAAUAACUUCAACUCAGGAUUUUCACAUUAUGCAAUUUGCUGCUUGAAUAAAAUGAAACUUUCUAUUA